AUGGCCACUCAUGUUGUUGCUCCCGUGAAGAAUAUCCUCAAAUCACUGGAGGUAGGAAUCAAGCUGGCAAAGAGAACCGCGAGGGCCGCAGAUCUAGCUUCUCGAGAUCAGGCUUUGCAGAUAUUUGAAUCCGCUAGAUCGUUACAAAGUUCAUUGGAGCGGACCUCAAGAGCCAUAUGUGAUGCCUACGAACAGAGCGCCGAAGUAUGUGGAGAGCCUUUUGCCCGAGCCCUCCUCGAAAACAGAUCAAUACAAGCUCAAUUUAAAGAACUGCGUCUCGAUCUAAUUGAUCAACUUGAUAGGUGUCAGGACUUCGACGAGGAGCCAGACUCCUUCGAACCGAAUGCAUUUACGAGUCUCGACCAGGAAGCCCAAAGGUGUCGAGACGGGUGUCUGGGCAUGUUCUCAGAACUACGCGAUCAAUACUUCCAUAACCUACAGUAUCAACAGCCAGGAUUCAACACGGUGGAAGAUGUUCACAGGCAGCAAAAUAUGAAGCAGGAGACGUAUGGGCAUUCGAGGGGACAUUUUCCAUUCACACCUGAUGAUAUAGCGCAUUCUCGAGCUGGUGCUAAAUCCGCAAACUAUAUUGGAAACUCGCGUGUCGAAUUGGAAUCUCCAGUCACGCCAAAUCUGUACAUUGCGCCGCUGAUGCUUAAAAACACUUGGGCCGUUAGCAAUUCGUCGUAUGGAGUUUCUCCGAUGCAUCAAAUACCCCCCACACAGUUAUCGAGGACCACGUUCCCAAUAGCAGACGCAAAACCAUUGCCUUUGAUACCAAGAGAAAUUGAGCAAUCGCCAACCAAUUCAGAUGAUUGGUUUUGGGAAAAGACGCAGCAGGUACAGAUCUUGCCCCAGGAUGAAACAAAAGAGCUCUCAUCCUUUUCGCCGACUUCUAUCUAUUCGAAAGGUUCCAUGUUUUCUCCUGCUACUCCAUCCACCAUGUAUACGCUUAUCGAGAGCCGAUUAAGCGAUGAACAUCGUAUUAGUGAUGCGUUCAGCGAUGAUAGUAUUCCGGGCUAUUCUCUAACCUCAAGCAGAGCACAUUCACGGCUUUCAAGGAGUAGCUCAAGUGGGUAUGACUCUUUAGCGACAAGCCAGCUUAGUCAAGUCCAGUCUCCCGAGAGCACCCAAAGCCCGACGACGAGAUCCAUUCAGCUUGAUCGAUUUAUUCAUAGUCAAGACAAUCAUGCUUCUAUCUCUCACAAAAGUCUGCCUUCUAGCCCACCACCUAAUGGCUGGAUUUCGGAUAAUAUUGAUCGUUGGGCGACACCGACAGAGCCUCCUCCGUAUAAACGUCAGAGCUAUGACCCCGUCGCUUCAUCUGUGGAUUUUCCGAGAACCGGUCCCUUCGAGGACAAUGAUCGCAAAAUAGAAGUUAUCAGUGGACGAAUGCCGAAAGCGAUGCCUCCACUGCAUGAAAUCAAUACACGCGAGAAUUGGCCCUCGUCUGAACACAUGAAGCCGCCGGAGACGCCUCAGGAUGCUCGCCGAACGUCGGAGAAUAUUGAACACUGGGGGCCUCCAGCGACAAGGACAAGAUCUCUUGGUCUUGGGGCUGAAAUAGAGUCUGGACUCGAGGUUGUGGUGGACAUAGAUCGUGACAACGAGAAGAUGGUUGUAUCACAGGAAGAAGAUAUGCCUGCAUUUGUCCUACCAACAUCUACGGCAUCUACCAAGUUGAUGGACUGCCCCAUUACCCAAGAUGCUUCAUUCUAUCGGUUUGGCGGUUUCUGUGACGGCGCUCAAUUGAUGAUCAGAGGCGAAACAGGGUUCAAGGUCGUGAAACGGCCGUCGGGACAUUAUAGCGCGACGGUCUCUGCGCGUUGUGUGAAAUGUUCUUACGAAGUAGGAUGGAACGAUGUGGAGAAGGACAGGUUAAUUUCGCGUGACGGUAUAUACGGGAACAGCGGAAUAAGGUGGCGACAAAAGUUCAUCUCAAAAUGCCACAUCAAAACAGGCUCCAUUGAGGAACCGAUGUAUGCUUGUAUAUUCUGUAUCGAGGAACAUCAAACCGUAGAAGAUCACGACGCAACUGUUUUCUUUUCGGUCUCCCAGUUAUUCCGUCAUCUGGCAAAACAUCCCCGUCCGCUGCCAAAUGUCCAAGGUAUUACUACUAUCUAUGGAAAACAAUCACCCGACGUUGUUGACUUUGAUAUACAUUUCACGAUGGCGGAUCCUCUGUUUCCAAAAUUCAGUAUGUCUGAAAUCACGACACAGGUUACUAGCCGAGCCAUGGGUCAGGCCACUGGCACACAUAACCCAAAACCUACGGGGAGGAAUGCACGAGACCCUGAUGGACAAUAUUCUCUACACUUUGCGGUUGGCGCAAGAAUCGUGGGUGUCACGUUUCCCGACCGGUUUGCGGGACAGUGGUGCGUUGGAUAUCACGACGGCGAGAGAGGUAGUUUUCCCACAGAAAAGAUUACGCUGCAAAUGCCCGCCAAAGAAGAUGUUCUUAUGAAUGCUCGAAGCAGUCUAACAGCGAUUGCCAAAUGGGACUUCAAGCCUAAAGACGCGAAAGAUGGAGGCUGGUUGAAAUUCAGCAAGGGAGAUCGGCUGGUCUGUAUUGGCUAUACAUAUGUAGACCAGUGGUGCUGGUCUGGUCAGACGUCUAAGGGGAAAUGGGGACUCUUUCCUUCCUCCUUUGUGAAAGAUCUGAAAGAUAUGGCUUUGAUGCCGGACAGUCGGCCGACGACGGCAAGAUCGUCAUCGUCAAAAAGCGGUUUCGGCACUAUUAUGGGGAUGGGGAGGAAUAAAUCAAAGCAUGAGAGAAAUGGAAGUGUGAGGAGUGUUUCGAGUACUGGGAGUGGGAAUAUGAUGCAGCCGAUGCCGGUGGUGAAUACGGUGCGUUCCCAAGCUGAGCAAUGGGCUAGUUUGUAA